GCACGGCAACACCGUCGAGGAGUUCGGGAAGGCUCACCAGAAAUGUGUGAAGAACCAGUUCGGGGAAUCAGACACGUUCACUCAAAAACACGAAAGGAUGUGCAUUAAGUUUAAUCAGCGUCCUCUUCAGAAGAGGAAGGGGCAGGACACUUCGAUAACAUCAGUGAAUUCCAGCGGCCAGGACUCUGGAAUCGCGGAGGCGAGGUGCCCGUGUGGACACUCCAGCCUUCACACCUCGGAGGAGAGUAGCGGUUACGAAGACUCACUGAAAUCCAACCACAACCAGGAAAUCCACAAGGUCUAUCGCCAAGAGGAGCCUAGGUUCCUCAGACGAGCGUCCUUCGCCCAUCAACAACCAUUAGACAGACAGUUCCACUACCGAAGACAGUCUUUCUCAGAAAACAUGCAGCGCCACUUCCCACCCUUCGAGAGGGUCGGAUCCACCAACGGAAUCACCAGGCAGAUCUCCACCCCAAAUGUUUCAAAUCUCACACAAUCAUAUUUCUUAAAUAAUAAGAGAAAAGAGGCAAGAAGAAAGGAGGCUUUGAACGAGCCAGUUGUCGAUUAUGAUAAUAGUGAAGGAGAGGAUGUGUUUGAUACUAGAGUGGAUAGGAAAGCGAGUGCCAAACACAAGAGAGGGAAGUUUAUGGAGUUCGGUGGUCAGCCUGCAGUGUUCGUGGCUACUCCCGCGACAGCAGACAUGAUGAGACGGCAAGGAAGCGAAAGACUCAUGUUUGCCAGACCUUUAUAGUAGUUGUACGAUAAUAUGACAUGAUUUGAUCAAACAUUAAAGCCAAUAUUGAAAAUGAAAUGAAUUUUAUGAGAAAAAUCUCUGAAAUAGGAUUAGAAGUCUUAAUAAUUCGUUAAAUUAAUUACGAUAAAUUAAAUUCGAGAGGUAGUUAUUGGAAUAUAAAUCAGAUUUUUUGUGUUUUGUUAGACGUUAAGGCGUAAUUUAUUUACAUUGGAGAUUUAUAUCAAAAGCCAGAUGACAAAUUUAAUUGUAAUUUUAAUUUUGUAAAAAAUGUAUUUAUGUAAGAAUGUAUAUUGUAAAUAUAUCGUUGAAAUUGAUCUUGCCUAUAAUGAGCUUUAUUUGGUCGUAAUGUCCAAAGACAUGGGUGAUUUUUUCAGUUAAGUGCCAUUUGGGUUGUGUCUUCAGCGGAAGGCUGUAUGGUAAUGUAACCACCUUUAAAGUUAUGCUUGUGUAAAAAUGCAUCGAACUUUUGAGAUUUUUGUAAAUACUCCUUAGGUUGUUAAGAAAUAAAUG